AUGCAGCGUCUGAAAGAUUUUUGGAAUGAUAUUGCUGGAGAUCGGGUUGAUUAUGCACUAUUUGAAUCCAGGAAUGGUAGUACAGAUAUUACAAUAUUUCGUGAAAAUUCACCACGAUUUCGACUUUUCGGAACAAAUAUACACGUUACAUUAGGAGCCGUUAUUGCUGCAUCAAUAGGACUUGUUGUUACCAUUGGUUUUUGUAUCGUCUAUACCUUUUAUCAUACCCGUGGUCGUGGACGAAAUCAGUUUAUCGAUCAUCUUGAACUUGUAGACUUAAUCUUCGCUAUCUUUUUUGGUUUACCCUGUCAUUAUUUAUUGUUUUAUGGAAUCUAUAAGGAGAAUAAGCGAUAUUUAACACCAUUUCUGAUAUUUUAUUGCUCAAAUUUUGUUCUCAAUGUGGUAUUUACAUCAAUCACAUUGGUGGCAACAGCAAUCGACAUACAUAGACUGCUGCUUGGACAAGUUCGAUACGAUUUUGGUUGGGUUAUUUUUCAGGUAUUAUUUACUACAGCGCAAGGUUUUGCCAUCUAUUUAGUUCUUCGUUGUCGAAAAUAUUUGAGUGCAAAGGAACACUGGAAAAAACUUUCAAAACAGGUAAAUGAAAUUCUUGAAAAACAUUAA